UUUGUGUGAGACGUAAAAAUAGGCUUGCAUAAGUAUCUGCUCCUCCUCACUCAGGUACAACGCAGAAAUGGCUACCCAAACCAACGGAAGCAUGGAGUUCUCUUUCAAGUUUCCGGAUGUCAAGUUCACCAAGUUAUUCAUCAAUGGAGAUUUUGUUGACUCUGUUUCAGGUAAAACAUUUGAGACAAUUGAUCCAAGAACGGGUGAAGCAUUUGCGAGGGUCGCUGAGGGAGACCGAGAAGACGUCGAUUUAGCCGUCAAGGCUGCUCGUGCGGCCUUCGAUCACGGACCAUGGCCCCGCUUUCCGGGAUGUGAGAGAAGGAGAAUAAUGAUGAAGUUGGCCGACUUGAUUGAGGAGAAUGCAGAGGAAUUAGCAGCACUGGAUACAAUGAACGCAGGGAAGUUGUACAGCUUAGUUAAGGCCGUGGAUAUUCCCGCCGCUGCAGGGGCGUUGCGGUACUUCGCCGGUGCGGCGGAUAAGAUCCACGGCGAGACGUUGAAGCUGUCGAGGUCCCUCCAAGGGUACACACUCCGGGAGCCGAUCGGCGUCGCCGGAAUGAUCAUCCCGUGGAACUUUCCGAUGAUCCUAAUGUUUCACAAGGUUAGCCCUGCAUUAGCUGCAGGAUGCACUAUGGUUGUGAAGCCUGCAGAGCAAACUCCCCUUACUGCUCUUUACUGUGCUCAUCUCGCCAAGAAGGCUGGUAUCCCGGAUGGAGUACUGAAUGUUAUUACUGGAUUUGGUCCAACUGCUGGAGCGGCCAUUUCAUCUCAUAUGGACAUUGACAAAGUCAGUUUUACAGGAUCAACCGAAGUUGGGAAGCUAGUGAUGAAGGCAGCAGCGGAGAGCAAUUUGAAACCAGUCACAUUAGAGUUGGGAGGAAAGAACGCUCUCAUAAUUUUUGAAGAUGCCGAUAUUGAUAUGGCUGCAAAACUUACUCAAUUUGGCAGUCUAUAUAAUAAGGGUGAAAUUUGUGUUGCGAGCUCGCGUGUUUUUGUUCAAGAAGGAAUUUAUGAUGAUUUCGCAAAGAAAUUAGUAGAGAAGGUGAAAAUGACCAUUGUUGGUGAUCCAUUUCAUCCAUCAACUCAUCAGGGUCCUCAGGUUGAUAAAACCCAAUUUGAGAAAAUAUUGUCGUAUAUUGAGCAUGGCGAAAGAGAAGGAGCCAAACUGCUAUGUGGUGGCAAGCAUCACCAUGAAAGGGGUUAUUACAUUCAGCCCGCAAUCUUUUCAAACGUCGAGGAUUCAAUGUUGAUCGCAAAGGAUGAGAUAUUUGGACCAGUUAUUUCAUUACUUAAAUUCAAAACGGUUGAGGAGGUAAUUAAGAGAGCUAACGCUACACAAUAUGGGCUAGCAGCCGGAGUUGUGACCAAUGACUUGAACACUGUGAACACGGUUUCAAGAUCGAUUCGGGCUGGAAUUGUUUGGAUAAAUUGUUACCUAGAGAUGGGCUGUGAUAUACCUUAUGGAGGGUACAAAAUGAGUGGGUUUGGGACAGAUACUGGAUUGGAAGCUCUUGGCCAAUAUCUCAAAACAAAAACUGUUGUUACUCCAUUGUAUAAUUCCCCAUGGCUGUAAUCACUCCCAACCAUUUCCAAAUAGAUCCUAGUUUGUAUGUCAUUUGGUUUAGUCAUCACUAUAAUUAAUAACAAAAACUAAACGAAAUACCCAUUGCAUAUGUUGUACAAGAUAAUAUGUCAUAAAGGUAUUAUUAGAAAUAUGAAACAUAGUGACAAGUUAGUGUUAAAAUACUUCAUUAUGCAAUUAUGGAUUUAGAUUUGUAUUGAUGAAUAACUUAAUUUUAUAUGUUCGAAAUGAGA